GAUCAUGGAUACGGAAAACGCUGGAGGCCAAAACAGUCGUUUGUCUUCUUACAAACAUGGAGUCAAGAGUAAUGCGGAACUCCGCCAGCGUCGUCACGAGGUGACCGUUGAGCUCCGGAAGAACAAGAAAGAGGAUCAGUUGUUUAAACGUCGCAACAUCACUAACGAGGAGCCGACCAUUUCCUCACCGCUGCAGGAAAGCAAUGCCCAGAGUCCGAUUGCGCUCAAAUUUGAGGAAAUUAUCUGCCAUGUCAACAGCGGAAAUCCUCAGAAGGAGUUUAUCGCCGUCCAAACAGCCAGAAAAAUGCUUAGCCGGGAGAAGAAUCCCCCUAUUGAUAAGAUGAUCGGACUUGGGCUGGUGCCGAUUUGCGUAAAGUUCUUGGAGUGUUUCGAUCGGGUCGAUCUUCAGUUUGAAGCUGCAUGGGCCCUCACGAACAUUGCAUCCGGAACGACCGAACAAACGAAAGCCGUGAUCGAUGCUGGUGCAGUUCCGAAGUUUAUUGCCUUACUCAGUUCCCCCACGAUCAAUGUUGCCGAACAGGCCGUUUGGGCUCUGGGUAACAUAGCCGGCGAUGGCUCGAAAGCUCGUGACAUUGUGCUAAACUACAACAGUGUUGAAUCGAUUAUCUAUUUGAUUCAGAACACAAACACACAGCUCUCGUUCCUGCGGAACAUCGUCUGGUUGAUGUCAAACUUAUGUCGCAACAAGAACCCACCUCCUCCUUUCGACAGAGUGGAACCGAUGAUUCCGAUUUUGUCCAAGCUGCUUGACCAUGAAGAUUCGCAAGUUCUUGCUGACGCUUGCUGGGCACUUUCCUACGUAACGGAUGAUGAUUCGAUAAAAAUUGAAUCCGUAGUUGCCUCCGGUGCCGUUCCUCGACUAGUACGCCUAUUGGGAUGUGAAAAUCCGGCUAUAAUUACUCCAGCAUUACGAAGCGUUGGCAACAUCGUUACUGGAAGCGACGUUCAAACGGACGCUGUCCUGGCAGCCGGUUGCUUGCCAUAUCUUGGAAAACUCCUCCGUAACAGCAAAAACAGUAUCGUCAAGGAGGCAGCUUGGACCAUUUCAAAUAUCACGGCCGGAAAUCAACAACAAAUUGCACAGGUGUUCGACUCUGGCAUCUUCAACCUUUUGAUCGAGGUGCUAAUUAAGGGCGAUUUCAAGUCCCAGAAGGAAGCCGCGUGGGCAAUCACAAACACGACCACCGGCGGCUCAACGGAACAGAUUAUCCAUUUGGUUGAGAAGUACCCUGUGAUGAAGCCGUAUUCUGAUCUGCUGGAGGCUAAGGAUAGCCGCACGGUACGGGUUGUGCUAAGUGGAAUUUCAAACAUUUUCCAAUUUGCGGAGAAGAUUGGAGGAACGGAGAACCUGUGCACUCUUUUCGAAGAGAUCGGAGCCCUCGACAAACUGGAAGCUCUGCAGAACCACGAGAAUGAAGACGUGUACAAGAAGGCAUUCCAACUGAUAGAAUCCUAUUUUACUGAUGCGGAGGACAUUAAUCCGGAGUGCGCACCGAAGGAGAAAGACGGCGCCCUGGAGUUCAAUCCCGGACCGCAGCAAAAUGGUGAUCAGUUUUCGUUUUAGAGAUUAUUGCAUCAUUCCAACCCCAUCAUCCCCGGUGCCGCCAUUGCGAAGCAAAAGUGAGAUUAAGACUGGAAAUUUACACUCCUGUUCUAUAUAGGUACAUUCACAAACUGUUCCUUGCAUCCCCCGUCAUAAUUUUGGCCAAUCCCAACCCAUCGACUGUAAGUACCGCGUUGUACAUUAACUGUCUGUCUGUCUGUCUACACUGCCUUCUCGGAAUCAUCGAUGCUUUCCGCAACGUAGCACCUAUUGUGCGCGUGU